AUGUCCACUCCCCUCGGCGACGCCGCCUCUAUCGCCUGUCUCUCCUUACACGACCCCACCCGCUUCAGCAUCCAGCACUCACAAACCCUUCACCACCUGGCGCUCGUGCAGCACUGGAACAUCCCCAAUGGCUCAAAGGUGCUGGACCUAGGAUGCGGGCAGGGAGACUGUACGACUGUGCUUGCCUCCGCCGUGGGCGAGCAGGGAAGUGUGGUAGCAGUCGAUCCGGCGGAAUUGGAUUAUGGUGCCCCAUACACUCUCGGCCAAGCACAGAAUCACAUCUCGCAAGGCCCGUUGGGUAGCAGGAUUACUUUUGUCCAACAAUCGCCCCAAGAUUACCUCUCCUCGCUCCCAGCCAGCAGCGAAUCCAAGGCCUUCGACGCGGUAGUGCUGGCCCACUGCCUAUGGUACUUUUCCUCCCCAUCACUCAUCCUUGACACCUUCCGCGCCCUCAAGCAGCACAGCAAACGGCUCCUCGUCGCCGAGUGGUCAUUAUCCGCCACGCACCCGUCUGCCCAACCUCACGUCCUAGCGGCGCUCACCCAAGCAGCACUCGAGUGUCAUAAAUCUAAAAGCGAGUCCAACGUGCGCACAGUGCUGAGUCCAAAGCGACUUACCGAGCUGGCACUCGCUGCUGGAUGGCAGUUGAAGAGUGAGACACGCGUGCAGCCUGGGGAGGGGUUGCUGGACGGACAGUGGGAAGUGUCUGCUUGUCUUUCCGACUCUUUUGGGAGGGAGGUCGUGGAGGUUGUAAGUGACGAGAGGGAACGAGGCGUGAUUCUUGCGUUGAGGGACGCGUGUGAGGCGAGUUUGCAGGCGAUUGAGGGCGGGAGGAAAGGGGUUGGGGCUAUGGAUGUGUGGGUUGCGAGUUUUGUCUGA